AAGGAUAGAUUUGUAAACAACUCCAGUCAUUUAGAAGGCUCUUUGUCGCUAAAACCCUAAACGCUCAUCGUCAGCACCUCUCCGCCGCUCGAAUAUGUGGUGGCGCCGCCUGGCCCUCUCCGGGGGCCUCCUCCCCUCCUCCCGCCUCGCUGCCGUCCCCGAACCCGCUACCCGCAAAUACGGGCUUAUUCCCAUGGUAAUUGAGCACUCCUCCCGUGGCGAACGCGCGUACGACAUCUUCUCCCGUCUCCUGAAGGAGCGCAUCGUGUGUAUCAACGGCGUCAUCUCCGACGACACCGCUUCCGUCGUAGUCGCCCAGCUCCUCUUUCUCGAGUCCGAGAACCCCUCCAAGCCCGUCCAUCUCUACAUCAACUCCCCCGGCGGCGCCGUUACCGCUGGCCUUGCCAUCUACGACACGAUGCAGUACAUCAGCUCCCCGGUCUCCACCCUCUGCCUCGGCCAGGCCGCCUCAAUGGGAUCCCUCCUCCUCGCUGCCGGAGCCCCUGGUGAGCGCCGCGCCCUCCCGCACUCCCGCGUCAUGAUCCACCAGCCCUCCGGCGGCGCCUCCGGUCAGGCCACCGACAUCGCCAUCCACGCCAAGGAGAUUCUCAAAGUCCGUGAGCGCCUCAACGCCAUCUACGCCCACCACACGGGCCAGCCCAUUCAGCGGAUCGAGCAGUGCAUGGAGCGUGAUAUGUUCAUGUCCCCUGAGGAGGCCAAGGAGUUCGGACUGGUCGAUGAGGUCAUCGUGCACCGGCCUCUGGCCCUAGUUGCCGAUGCUGUAGCUGAGCUUGGGAACACUGACGAAGGACAAAAAGGUGGUGAUGGUGAUGGAAGUGGUUCGAACAAAGGGAAGGGCGAAGGAUCUGGAUGAUCUCUGACACUGGCCUUUAAUCUUUUGCUCACUGGCUGAUUUAGGUAUGUCCUACUGUUUCUGCUUCCGGAUGUUUUGAUUACAAUUGAUCUCGAGCUUAAUAUUGGGGAUAAUAGAUACCUCUGUAAGGGAAUUAUUUAUUUUGAACAUGAUGAAUAUUUUCUGUUUGGGUACCUCUUUAUCAAUAAUAUGCAAAUUAAAAUCA